UUGUUUUUGCUGUUUCUUUUCUUCAGAGCGAAAUCAGAGACCCAAGCGAGUCCUGGAGUCAAAACUAAGCGCUCUCUUCCAACUCGCCAAGUGUUGGCCGGAUACUGGGGACAAAACUCCAUCGCUUAUAGUGUCAGCCGACCAAAUUGGGAGAAAGACCUGCGUUACUUCUGCAAUAAUCACAAGUUUGAUAUCUAUUUGGUCGCAUUUGUUCAUCGCCUGUUUCGAAAUAACAGAAACAGAGGUACUUUUUUAGGAAACUCUUAUUAACAUGAAGUACAGGCAACUCUUUAUUUUUUUUUUUGUUUAGCCAGCGUUUUUCAACAACCUUGUUCUUAUUUGCUGAUAAUGCAGCUCUAGCAGUUACAACUGAUUGCAGCAAGCUCUGUCGGUGUUGGUGCAGGAUUUAGUGAAAAUUUUAAACUGAUGGCGAAACAUACGUACUAUUUCAUUCACCUUUAACUUUUUACAACCCACUUUGUUAUCAUCCAUCAGAUGGUUAUCCUGGAAUGAACUUUGCUCAUCACUGCAGCUACGCUCCAAACUCCCGGAACCCUGAUGUGUUUGAAUGUGCUACAAUUGGAGGUGGCAUCAGAGAUUGCCAAAAGAUGGGUAAGAAGUUGCUAAUAUCCCUUGGCGGGGAUACUUGCGACGGGAGCCUGGGUAGUGCUGAGAAUGCCAAGAAAUUGGCAUACUAUAUAUGGAAUAUGUUCUUGGGUGGAAAAGACAUGCAGGAUCAAAGGCCCUUUUUAUGGUACGGCCUGAAAUAUUUUGAAGUCUUUUAUUCAAUUAAUUAACUGUUACAUACAUAGGCCCUUUUAAUUCUGUUACUACUGGACUAAUCUCCAUAAGAAUAAAGUCAGAGAUGUCAACGCAGAUAACUUGGUUGGCGCUUGUGUAUCUUUACUCUAUAACAAUGUCAAAAAUAUUAUGCUGAUACUUCUACAGCAUAACAAUUAAAUACGAUUUUUUUUUUCAAAAGUUCAAUUUUCAUAUCUAACCCAAACCACAAGUAUGUUAUGUAAAAGCUGUUAAUUAUUGGACCUACACAGAAGCUCGAAAUAACGAAGUACCAAUUGACAGGCAAAAUACGUAAUCGAUGUCAUACUUUUCUAUGCAAUUUACCAUAAAUGGGGCGAAGAAUAUAUCGUUCGUCAUACAAAGGACUUUGUUUUAUAAAGGUUCCUUUAGGUUCCACUGUAUCUUGUAUUCAAAAGUAGGCGCGCGCCCCUGCCACAUUUUAGCGAAUGACAUGUUAGUCUCUCAUGAUUUGUAGGACGGUUAUGGAUGGCGUUGAUCUCGAUAUCGAGAUCGGAAGUCAUAAAUACUACUCCGACUUUGUCCAAGAGAUGAGGCGCUUGAUGAGCACAGACCCUAGCAAGCAGUACCUAAUUACUGCUGCUCCACAGUGCCAUUUCCCAGAUAAAUGGAUGGGACCCCAGAUUCAGGGCUCUGCUCUGGAAGGUAAAAGGCUUCUUCUGACUUCACAUACUUUACUUCUUAAAACCUUUCUUUAAACAAUGUAGAGAUAGGAUUAUUGCCCCGGAAUUCGAAAUAUAUCUAGAUAAGAAUAAUUUAAGGCGAUGUUAAACAUUGUUUGUCAUAUUUACAGCUUUGUACAUUUUGCAUAGAAAGGAAAAUCUUUGUUACGUUGCCGUAACUAGGAGAAGGUAUCUUUUCGUGAUAAUCUGGCACGAGACAGGGUUUACAGACUUUUGAAUAAGGGACGUUAAAUAAGAAAAGUUUAAAAAAAUAAUUGGUUAACGUCAACGCCGCAGCGGAAGUCACAAAAAAGAUAUCAAGCGAAGAAAACUGGGCUGGGCAUUGUACGAAACCCUGUUAAGACUGAUAUCAACUUACAGUUAGGUAACAUAUAUAUAGCACUGUACAUAGAUACAUGUCUGUUUAAAACAGCUUAAAAUGGAACAUUGUAUCAGAAAUGUGGAAUUACUUUUCCUUUGUGAAAUCAAACGGUCUUCACGAGCAAACGUUUACAGCUUCGUGGUCUGAAAGAGUACGAGUAUGCGGGCUGCGAACUGGAGCAGACUACAAAAUAAUCAAACAUUUUUCAAUUUACUGUCAAGUAACAUUUUCGUUUUGAGGUAUUUUUCACUACAUAAAGCACUUUCCAAUCGUCACAUCCGUUGACGGUUUCAAAAGUGUCGAUUGUCCGCCAUCUUAGAGAGGUUUCUCGAGGUUUCCGUCGUAUAGAAAGUAUAGUUACAGUAAAAUUCCGGGAUGAAAAACGGCAGGGACCAACACCACAUAUCCGUCUAAGAGAGCUGUCGGCCGUCUUAUAGAGAUGUCCGUUAAGGGAGAGUUGACCGAAACCGCUUUUGAGACUCAACCAGCAAUAACUUAACUUGUUUCUUGUUAGAUUUUGGGCACGAAUUUGACUACCUGUUCAUCCAGUUCUACAACAAUUACUGUUACCCUGGUGACAAAUACUUCAUACCAGUAAUGGACACUUGGUUGAACUGGGCACGAAGUAUUCCUAAUGGACCUCUAAUCGUACUUGGUUUGCCGGCUGGACCGCAGGCAGCUGGCAAGCCUCAUUAUUAUUUUCCUCCUGAUAAACUCGCAACAGUUUACAAGGUAACUAAUUUUCUCGCUACUUGCCCUCUCAUAUUUUGCAGGAAAUUAAUUGAGGCGUUCAGUAUAUGCGUAUUCACAUUUUCUGGUCUAACAUCUAAUUUUGAUUGAAUAACUAGAAUUAGUAAAAACUGAAUCACUGGAUAAUGCAAUUCUAGAGCUCUGAUUGGAUUAGCUACCAUGGUAAAUGACCCAUCAUACCAUGCUCUCCAAAUAUCUUAGGUGCACCCGUCUGUUCAAAAUUUUUUAAAAAAGCUGAAAAUCGGUUGUUUUCACAAAUAAAGUCGGGAAGAAUUCUCGAUCUUUUAUGGACGUUUUUAAUAAAACAAUUAUUCCACUCGCGCUUGUUGGAUAUGAGAUGAUUAUCGCCAACUCAUAUCCAACGCGCACUGGAAUAAUUGUUAAAUAUAGAAAUUGUUAAAAAUUGUUAAAUAUAAAAUGUCUUAGAUGAGACGACAGAGUACGUGUCCUCUUUCUUUUAUUUUCCCGUUGUAUGCUUCGCGAAUUGAGAAAAAAAUCAGUAAGGUUUUUCUGAGAUACAUAAUAGGCCUAAAUACGCUGUGUAAUGUUCAUUUUUUUAUUCCUGCCCUAUUUUUCAAGAAGAACUAAUAAAAACAUCACCUAUAAGGACAGGUCUGAGAGAACUUUGAAUGAAAGGUUAUCCAUCCUCCAAUCUUCGAUUAUCUGGCAGUUUUAUUUAGUGACUUUUCUAUCCCUUGUACCGCUGCGUACAUCGAAGCACUGUAGUCUAUAUGUUGGUCUACAGGAUGCAUGUGCAUCGCAGACGACCCUAAUAAGAUCACCGUUUAUUUGCUGUAGAAAAUACGUGACAAGCCCGGCGUUGGUGGACUGAUGUUUUGGGAUUGCUCCUGGGUGCAAAACAAUAUUGUUAAUGGUAAAGAUUAUGGCACACAUGCUUUUGAACUCCUGCGGGGUAUGGCGGUCACACCGACUACAACAUCAACCACUAGCAGCCAUGCGCCUCCAAAAACAACUCAGACCUUACCAACCAAGAAAACAACCACCCUGACAAUACCUCAAACGAUCAAGAGCCCUGCUACAACACCAAUCCCUACAGCUGGUGAGUAAGGACUUUCUUACCCUGUCCUUUCAGCAUUUUCUUCUGGAAAUGAUCUCAAUAUGUUAUCCACUAAUUUAGAAUGUACAGAGCACACAUUCUCUUUAAAUUAUAAAAUCAAAAGUAUAAAAUCAUUAAAUCAAUAACGAUGGCAUCCGCAACAUGAUCCCUAAAAACAUUCCAGAUUGAAUCUGAAUUUACAAAUGUUUUGAAGAAAGGGAAUACCGGACUAGCUGUUGGACAAGAACCAAUUAGAAACUCACCGUAUACAUGACGUCACCUCCAAAUUUGCAUCCGAGGGCCUCAUUCACCACUUUAUUUCAAAAUUUUGCAUAACCAUUGUCUUCGAUUUCUCGUGGGACGACUGUAAUACCCAGGAGAAAUUGGACACAAUGAUUAUGCAAAAUUUUGGGAGGAUAAACCAGGGGCACCCAACGUCAAUUUUCGGAAAAUAUCUGUUCGGAAGACGAUUUGAGAUCUAGAAUUUUCGGAACAUUUGUUGUAAAAUUUGUUGCUGGCCUGCCUCUCCUAGGAUUUUCGAACAUCUAAAAAAUGGUAUAAUUGCCAAUUUUUAACGGAUUUUUACCCUAAAAAUGUCACCUAGAAUUUUCGGAGCCUUUUUUCUGACUGAAAUUUUCGAAAACGUAAGUUUUGAUUCCUAUAAUUUUCGGAUCACUAGAAUUUCAGGAAGGAAAUCCGAACAGAUAAAAUCUUUUUAGGGGAUAAAAAUAUGCCUAUAUCUACCGUUACGUACUAAAAUACUUUUAACAAUGCUAUGUUUAAGUGGUUUUGAAAUAUAUUCUCGUUGCAUGGGUGCCCCUGAUAAACAAGGUGCAUUGCGAUCUAUGAGAAAAUAGUGAAUGGAUGGAUUGAGGGCAAACGUGCUUCCAAACUUUGACUAAAUAACUCUUUAUUUAUAAUACUUAAACUCUACGACUUGAAACUUGGCGUUAAAUGAUAAGCAAUCAUAACCGAAAAAUAUUAAAAUUGGAAAUUACUAAUACAUUAAACACCUUCAAAGGAAGCUGUUGAUAAUUUAGUUGUCUAACGUUUUGUUGUUAUUACUAUUUUUAAGGACCGGGGGGCUGUGCCCCGGAUGGCUAUUUUCCUGACCCAUCAGACUGCUCCAAGUUUUUUAUCUGCUCAGCCGGUGUUCCCUAUGUCAGAAGCUGUCCUGCAGGAUUGUUGUAUAACAAAAAUCAAAAGUAUUGCGACUGGCCUCAAAACGUUCAAUGUUAAAAAGAUAAAACAACAAGAUGAGUAGUGAUACCUUAAUAAAUAAAUAAACGACAUUACUGAGCCCGAAAUUAUUCAAUAAACACGAAAGUAGUAUAUGACAUUGUUGAUAGUGGUUUGGUUUCAUUACGCUUUUUUAGACUUUAAAGUGGGAGGGAGAGUUUAACACUAUGACAGUUGCGGCAUGAUGGUAUUUCAAAACCUGAUGAAACACAAAUGCAGUAAUAAUAAUAAUAAUAAUAAUAAUGAUAAUAAUAAUAAUAACGAAAUUAAUAAAGAAAGAUAAAGAAAAAGCAGUAGAAAGAAAUAUUUAAAGAAAAGAUAGCACCAUAGGCAGUCUAAUUUCCCAACCUCCUCUCUCUCACCCUCAUCCUCCCCAUUCUCCUCUAUUCUAGCAAUAGUUGUCGGUAGAUGCUUUUCCUUCUGUUUAUUAAUAAAAGCAUUAUAUUAUUAUUAAUUUGCGAAUACAUUUCUACGGUCCUAACUAGCUUAAAGCAAUCGUCCAAUCAUCCAUCAAAACACAAUGUCGCUGACCAAAUAUGAAAAAAAUGCGGCAAUUGACCAAUGGCACACAAGAGUAUAUGAGUUUAUGUGAAUGCCAAAGUAAUCACCAAGUAAUGUUAAAAAUAAUUUCUCAUUAAACGUCUGCGAAGCGACUCGCAAAGAGAGCGCGAUGCGAACUGCACUAAGAGCUUAUAAAAGGGGGGGACUCGUACACCUCUGUAACUUUUGAUUGGACGCAUCACUUUCCCCAUUUGCGUAUGAAACUUUACGACAUAGCUUUUCAGUGAGUAUAACUAGACUCGGUAUGUAUACAAUAUAAUAAGGUCAAGUAUCCUCCGAUUCUCAACAGUUAUUAUAUAUAUAUAUAAUAUAAAUAAAGACAUGCAGGCCAACUACGUGGAUAAGAAUGUAGAACUAAAACUAUAUUUAUCAAUAUUUUUUGGAAGAACAGCAAAAAGCUUUUAAGUAUAGAUUGCAAGGUAAUAUGGUAUUUUCAAAUCUGUCCUCCACUCACCACAGUUAAAUUUCUUAACGAAGAGCAUGUCAUCAAAAGGAAUCUACUGCAAGCUAAAAUUAUCGAACACGAAAACUUUACUUGAGAUCAGCCAUUAAUCUGUUGCUUGAUGUCUUGGGCCCAAAAUCGCAUUGAUCGCAAUAAUAUACCACAACUUGUCCCAAACAAUUUGCAGUAACAAAAACAGCAAGAAACGCUGUUACUACUGCGAGCUAAAAAUCACUUCUUUUGCCUUUAUCAUCUAUGCUUAGCCAUUGUCAUCAGACACUCGUAAACAUGAAGAACAUCUCUACUUUCCUAUAACUUGAGCAAUUUCGUUCUGCUAAUUAUCAAGACAUAUCGUUGCAUAUUUAUCCCUGAUUUGAAUAUAAUUUUAAUCUGUCUCUUUAUUUUUCAACUCACAAUGACUCAUUAGCAUUGGUGAAAGCAAAGGAAAUUAAAAUUUGAAUCAAGAACGAAGCUGAAUCACAACGCUAGUACACAGAUGCAAUCUAUCGCAUUGAAAAAACCUCCAUCACACCUACUGGUUUUACUUAGCCUGAAGAGGAUCUUGUGAGUUAGCCGGAACCAAAAUAGUAAAUAAAUAAAUAAACAAUAAAAUUCAGACCGGAGAGCUUUUUAGGCAGUCCCUCUCUCAAAAGUGAAAUAACUUUAAAACCGUUUCCCAGAAUUUAUCCGGGAACAUUAUAAAGUCGUCGUGACGUGUACGUCAACCUUGACGUUUCCAUGGUAACCAAGAUUUACAGCCAUGUUUUUUCAAAAUUAUCAUGUUUUCUAUUAAAAAGGUUUUAUUGCUAUUAUAUAUUUUAGUUAUUGUAUGCACAUAUGAAAAUUUCUAUCACGAUUACCUCCAUUUAUACUGGUUCUAAGUAAAGUCGAAUAUAUAUGAUUAAUUCAAAACUGGGGAUCUAAGGUGGCAGAUGGUUCCAGUUCCUUCUUUGAUAAUAAGAGACGCCAUCAUGACAUCACUGCUAUUGUUAAAGAUUAUUUACAGCUAUUUCGAGAAAGGUUGUCGGAAAACAUGAGCACGCGACAAUCCCGAAAUGUAAUAUGGGAUAUGAUCAAUAAACUGUUCCUGACACUGUAGCUGUCGAAAUUACUUUUGUUGCUUCCCUUUAAUACUCGCAAACAUAUGUCCAUGGCCUCUUGCGCCAUUCUUUCAAAUUUUGUUGAAGAACUGUGAACUCAGUACUACCCACAAUACCUUUCGGCAUUGUUGUGUGCACUUUUUCCGCCAGCCUUUCUCGAAAUAGCUGUAAGUGUUAGCCAGCUUCCGGCAGACACCUUGGGCGCUUUCCAUUUACGAAAAAAACCCGGAAAUUUCGGUGGUAGCAAAAAUGGAAUUUCCGAUUGGCAAAAAGUUGUUCCAUUUGGUCGUAAACCCCGGUACGUGGCGCGGUGCCCGACCGUGGACCUGGAACUGGUACAAACUACGAGAAAGGUAAAUGGAACACGACAUUCCGUUCGGAAAUUCCAACCGGGAAAACGGGACCACCUUUUUAGAUUUUCCACUUUUUCUGGGAAUUUUCCAGUGGGACGAACCGACGAAACGUGUUCCAUUUACCGCCGAACCGGAAAUUCCGGAAAUUUUGGCUAAAUGGAAAGCGCCCCUUAUUAUUUCGCUCUUUAGCUACUUUAAGGGCAAUUUCGAUUCUGCCAAUAAAUUCAACAAUAUGACGUCAUAAUGACGUCAAAUAACGUCAUUGUGUCGAUCAAGUUAUGCCUAAACGUUGGAAAUGAUGAGUGGAUCAGUAUUCGCAGUAGUUUUGAUGGCCGUAUAUUUGUAUCAUUUGCGAAGUCCCCACCGCCCCCGUCGAAAGAAGCGAAAAAAGCCCCGUCUGAACAGGCUUAACAUAACUAUUUUCUCCCUUUGUCAUUUAAGAUUUUUUCUUCCUUCCCGGCCAUGUUAGCCUUACAUCUUGCAGUCGAUUCCUUUCAGCACGGAGUUAACUUUUACCUUGCUUUUAACUUGGAGUAUGGAAAGAUUCUUCCCGUCAGAAUCACUAUUUUGAAUUAUCAUUUUGACCAGUAUAUUACUACUAAAAAUCCGUAAACUAUUCUCCGUUCCGGAUAGGCUUCGCUAUUAUCGCCCAGUAACGGAUGAAAAAUGCAAACAAAGCAGACGACCGGAAAUACGUCGACUGUGGUCGCAGGCUAACUUGAGGUGAUGGCUGAGUUUAGUCUUUUUGGUUUUGGAUCCCUAGAGCUAGAGAAAAUGGCUGGAAGAUGUUAAAACGGAUCAGCGAAGACCCGAAAAGAAGACCCAAAAGGAAGGCAAAAAUAAACAAACUGUAACUCUAAUGCUGUCGACUGCUUUUUGAAAAAUUUCAACAAGUUAACGAAACCGCAAGACGGAUAAUAGAGAAUUUAAAUGAACGGAAGAUCUUGUCAAAGUUUGUUAAAAGCACAUUAUCGGCACUGCAUGAACAAAAGUGAAGCAAUCAUCGUCUUUGAAAUUCUCGAACUGAAAAGUUCACAUUGUGCAAUUAAGAAAUGGUAAACGUGCUGAGUGUAAACAUUGCCGGACGCGUGUGGAAGGCGGCUCAAUAGCGAGAAAUCAAUUAUAGAGUUGCCGAAGGCGUAACGCCUACUCUUCUGCACGUUAACCAUUUCUUUGAUUAUUUAGUAAAAUUUGAGAAUUUGAGAGGCGAUAACAUACUAUACAACUUCAUAAGAGAGACGCCGGUUGUGCGGAGACUUUUCCGAUCCACAUAUUUCAGUAAAAAAUUAACAAAAAAGAACAACAAAUCACAAGACGAGACUUUUACCCCUAGAGACCCUAAAUAAAGGAGGCGUUUAUAAUUCUUGUCAGGGUUGCGUUAGUCGUUGGGCACUGGGAGCAUAAAAACUAAAAACCAACUCGAUUCAGACAACUGGUUUGAUAUAAUGGUGAGAUGGUUACCGUAAGGAAAUAAAAACUGAUGCCUCGAAUGGUGGCAUUGAAAAAUUAAGUUUCUGAAUCCCUCUACGAUGCCCAGUUACGUUUACCUGAUCAGCUUCUUAGAUAAACAAGCUCAGUGGCAUCGGCUGUUCCCUAGAGAUGGGAAAGUUGAUGAAACAAUGCGUUUAGCAAGCCGCUUUCUAUGACUUGACUCAAAGUCAAGGUUAAUAGAUAAUAAGAAAUAUUGAAUAAACUUGGGUAAGAUAUAAAAAAUUUCGCAAAUGGAGGAGGAGGGUGGUAUCAGUCGAAGCCGAAGGCGGAUUCAAUGAUUGUUUUAUAACUCGUUCAAAAUAUAUCCAAAAACUUUAAAAAGAGCAAUACACAGGGAUACACAAGGACGCGAAAAAUACCGUGCUAAAUUUUGCUUAAGGCUUUGAACCUAGGCAAAGGUAAGGUUUCGAGAAGUUGGAAGGGGAGGUUUUAACAUCUUACUAAUUAAAAUUAAUUGUAAUAAGUAAGGGAGUCAUGUCCGGGACUCGCUGGGGUCUGCUUCUUUUUGUUAUCAAAAAAGUUGGAGAUCAAGUUUUUUCCUUAUGCCAACGAGAAAUGAAAAGCCACACUGGAAAGGAAUUGAAAGGUCUUCAACAAUUAGUAUUGAUACAAUCGUCCCAUUCCUUAUUUAAUUUUAUUUUGCUUUGAUAACACUGUUUUCUAUUCGUCUUUUCUGUAUCAGUCUUUCUCCGAAUACGGCAUGUUCUAUACCUUAAUAUAUGUGUUUCGUCUCAAGUCAAGUCUCAAGCUGUCCAGUGCUUUGGCCGUUUAAAAUUAAUUGUUUUUUGUAGUAUUGUGAUAUUAGUGAGCCUAGAUAACAAUAACAAUAAAAGAAAAACGAAAUUUUCGAAUACUCUACUCUUAUCUAACUCUUAUUGCAUAUUAUUGAUUGAAUAAGAACAUUCCAUAAUUAUCUAGCUAGUGUAUAUGCAAAGCCAUGGCUCGAUUGUUCGGAGGGGCUGAAAACAUUACAGAUAUUUUAGAUGUAGUAUAUGCGUCACAAGCGGUAUCAAAAGUUUUGGGCAUUAGCGUGUCAUGAGUUGUAUUUCUUCUUCCGGUGGAAGUGCGUGAUCCACAGCAAAAGAGGGGCUAAUGACCCACUAAUGAAGUUCUAACUGCAUUCUUUCUUACGCACGUUGACGUAUUAUAAUUACAAUGAUAGGUAUUCAUGAAAACAGAGGUGGGUGGAAAUAAGACAGUAUUUUAGCUCUAUGAACAGACUUGUCAAGAUCGUUUUGUUCGCUGAAUGUUAGAAUGAAAGGAAUGAACUGGUAAGCACUGAAACUUUACCAACAAUAUGAGCUCCGUUCCAGCAGGUUAGUAACGGUGUAGCUUGUGUUUUAAAAAUACUGCUGCUACUGUAUGCUAUCUCGCAAGUAGUUUACUGGGUGCUGGCUUUAGUAAAAGGCUAAGUCGUAGGCAACAUUUUGAGCUAGGUCGUGGAGGAAAAUAACUCGAUAAGCCAUCGAAAGGUACUCAAGCUACCCAUAGACUAAAGGCUGUCUUAGUCCCAGAACCCCAUGUUUCAUACUUUUGUAUUUAGAAGAGCAUCACUAACAACUGAUCCCAUCCCUUAAUUUGUAUCGGUCCUUAUAUAUAAGAUCCUUUUUGAUACAGCUUGAUACGGCGAAUAAGCCCUGUGAAACUCUCCUUAGGUUAUCUGAUUAUUGUCUAGGUAAAUAUAGAGAGAAUUCUGUGGCAACUGGAAUGGAAUUGGUCUUAAGACCGAAAAAUAAAUAAAAUAUAAAUUGGAAUAUGUGAAAGGUGAACAUGGCACCGAAGAAAUUUAUCAUUAGUUCAUAUUUGCAUUUUAGUACAGCCACGGAAAGUGACUAAUAGAAGCACAAUACCUAGCAGAGCAUAAUUACAAGCAUAAAUGAUUAAACCUUUAACCUUGGAAAUUCAAAAGUUAAAAUUUUCAGCUUUUUGACGUCAGCAAAUAUGACAUACGACAGCAUAAGUUGACAUUUGACGCCAUGCAUGGCCGGAGAACUCGGACAUCGAGUUUCGUGUGACUUACAUUCUGGUUGUCACGCAAUGAUGUUAACCGCUGGUUUUUAUGGUGACUCCGGGCUCAUAUUGUUAGGAAAGAUCGAGUGGUCAAAUACAAUCAUGUUUAUAGUCAAAUAAAGGCCGCUGUUCAAAAAUAUUGUGAAAAAGAGAAAUGGCGAUGGAACAAGCUUUCGAACGCGGGGUUUUGGAGAAAAUUUGGAUGAUUUUUGGCCGAGAUUGUAGAGCGAUGAAGCGGAACUGCAACUGUGUAACAUGUCGACCUUUCUGCUCGGGACUUUUUUAACAGCUGAAACGAAAGGUAAAUUUACAUGCCGAAGAUCAGAUUUUUCUAUUUUCCACGUGGCGUUUCUAGAUCUAUAUUUUGACUCGAUUUUGGCAAAUCAUGUAGAAUCUUUUUUUUUUGGUUAUUUCGUAUCAAAUAUGUUAUCUUUGAUGUUUUGGUCAGUGACUUGUUAUGCUUUCACUGGCCCCGAAGGUGCGAAUUGAAAUCGUUCCGAAAGAAAGGUAUGGAAAUCAUUUUUGCUCUAUAUAUUAUACAACGAAAAUAGCACUGAAUUGACUCGAUUUUGCUCGACUCUGGCAAACUGAAAAACGUUUGUAGUCUUUCUAGUAUUUUCAAAAAUAUUCCAUCCUUCUCAUAUGAAGCUUUGUAAUUUUCGUACGCCAUUUUUGUCAUAGAUUGGGAGAAGCCGCUACUGCUAUGCGGGCUCAAAUGUCCGAAAUUUUGGGCCAGGUGAAUAGAAAAAUUUGAUUAGCGAAAUCAAAAAUUUGACACUUUGAAGAUCGAGUUUAGGGGUGGUUCCACAGUCCACACCAUGUCUAUAUACAUUAUGGAAGACUACCCCCUUGAAAUCUUUUGAACCGCCCAUGUUUUCAACAGCCGAGUUUUUUGAUGGAUGGCUUACUGCAGUUUUUAUCUAGACUGUUCACAGUCCCUUAUUUUUCCUUUGGAUAGUCGAGAUCAAGCUCUUUAUGCAUUAAAGGUGGCCAUCUUGGUUUCAAAUGAACCGAGGGGACAGGCGUUGGGUAUAUAGUGGUAGGGGGAGAGAGGUGAGAAAAAAUAGAGGUUAAGACAGUCCCUCUAUCCUUCCCACCUUCUGUGAGACUGUCCUCUUUCCACUAAGUAGAAUUUACUGAAAUUCGCAGGCUAGACUUGAAACUGUUUGAAACCAGGAUGGCUACUCGUACUGCAAAGUGCCCAAUCUCGAAGAUCUCACCGAAAAAUAGAAGACUGUGACCAGUCUAAGUUUUUUCAGUUCAUUAUUUCUUUUAGUAAAUGUAGAAGAGGUGUAAGUUGCUGUUUUCAACUUUAUGUUAAGUCCUCAGAGCUAAUCCUGUAGCUGGAAUGGACGCACAAAAAGAACAAUCAAAAGAGGAAAGGAAGAGUCCGAUGGAGAGAGCAAACAUAUUUUCUUUGUUAUUUUUCCGGUGGAUGAAUGAAACACUUAACCUUGGAAGUGAGAGGCCAUUACAAAGUCAAGAUCUCUUUCCACUCCAACAAGAGUUUAAAACAGAGACGUUAGUGGGGAAGCUAGAGUUGUUGUUAAAUGAGGGAAAGAAUAACCGCGCUCUAAAAAAUACACAGCCUCAACUAUGGAAACUCAUGUUCAAAAUGUUCUCAUAUAGAGAUUAUCUUAUUUUAGGAGCUGUAAAGCUCACACACUCUCUGUCAAAUGUUUUACUACCAUUGAUGGUCUGGUACUUCCUGGCUGGCCUAUCUGAAAAUUCCAACGUAAAUCAUGGCACCGUCAUUGGACAUGUUGUUGGUAUCUGUGUUCUGUCAAUGGUGAAGGGAAUUUCUCAACAUCACGCCUUCUUUUUGGGUGGAAUUUAUGGAAUGCAGCUAAGGGCUGCUGUUAUCGGCAUGGUUUAUAAAAGGGUAAGUUAGUUUCCUUAACUUGAAUUUGUUUUGUGUAAGCUUCAGUUGUAUAUGCAUUAAGAUGGUCGCUUCUACGCUAACUGCUUGCAGCAAUUCUGGUGCUUGUGUUACCUUUGUGUGAUACUGUUGCCGGAACAAGCACAAAGAAGAGUGAAAAAUGUAGCCCAGUUUAAUGCAAACCCCUUGAAGAAGAAGGUUUAUAUCCUAAUUUUUAUUUCGCAUAAUCUGGUAUAUGGCAAACUUUCAGUGGCUGGCCUAAAAUUUUCAGUUGAAUUUUUUUGAUUUAGCUGAUGGUCUCCAAACGUCUGCCGAACACCUUCGUCAAAGAAUUACUUGUUUAAAUAUCACUUACUCCCAAGCUACAGUUCAUGUCUUUUCCUUGUACAGAUUAUGACAAUGAAUCGACGUUCAAUGAAUGAAGCUAUUACUGGCCAAAUAAUCAAUCUCAUCUCGAAUGAUGCAAAUCACCUCAGAGAUGCAGGCUGGAGUAUGGUUCUCCUUCUUGCUGCGCCCAUAGAAAUCAUUUCAUCCGGGUUACUUGUCUGGUAUCUAGUUGGCUGGCAAGCGUUCAUAGGAGCUGGUUUCUUCCUUGCGGUAAUCACUUACAUCUCAUUGUUGUCUAAGGAAGCAGGAAAACUCAGAGAGAAAGCAGCUUUGCUGACCGAUAGAAGGCUUGAAGUCAUGAACGAAGUCAUCGCUGGCAUUCGUUCAGUGAAAAUGCGUGUUUGGGAGAGGAAUUUUACGGACAUGAUAAAAGAUUUAAGAAAGUGAGUGAUGAAGAUUCUAUCCUAACCCUUUCUACAAUUUAUUCAGUGUUUUCUUAUUGAACAUUUGAAUAUAAGUGUCAAAAAAAAAUUCUUAAAUCUAGCUAAAUGAGAGUGUAUUAUUUUAAAGAACAACAUCCAUCACACAAUAUGUUUUGCGCAUGCUCGCAUUUCUACCGUUUGAGGUUUAGGCAGAAAUUAGCCAACUUCUUCUUCGCAUGGCCGAGGACGCCAUUUUUUUUACAAUUAGUUUACUAUUACCCAAGCAUCCUCGUUUCCAGUCUUAUAUAUGUUACCAUCGAGCAACUUCGUUUCCAAGCAAAUAUACCAUCUAAUCAAUGGUAUAUUGCUCGCAUCUUCAAAUAUGGUGAUCGCCGAUUGAUUAUGAAGAAAUUAGCCGGGUGAUUGGAGCCACUGAGAAACGGCAAAAUAUUAUGAAUGAAUAAUUAACAAUUAUUCGCCGAAAGCAUCGUCUCGGGGAUUAUUCAACAAUAUGAACUGGGCGUGUGGUGAAUAAUUGUUUUAGUAUAUUCACACGAAGUGAUCUCAACAGAAUCAGAAAGGAAACCAUAAAAAACGACUAGUUUGAUUUACAGGCGAUUUCAUGCGUGAACACGAAGCCGUUAAUAGUGGAUUCGCAAAAGUUAGAUCUUUACAGUAUCUUUAAAGGGAACCUCCACUUCAACAAAAAGAUAACUUUAAAUCACAGGAAAUAACUGUUACAGUCAAAUGAUCCGAAAGAAGGUUUAAUUCUUUUUUUUUUUCAAAUUUUGUAUCGAGUAAUGGUUUUUGUUAUUAAACAAAACUUUGUUCAGAACAAUAGAGCAAGCGCGAAAAUCAAUUUUAAAAUUCACUUUUCCUGAUAUAAACACUUUUUUUAAGACAAAUUUCGAACAAAUUUGUUUAUCAACAUAAUUUUAUUCGAUUUAAACUUAUUCUGUAGUAAGAGUGGAGGUUCCCUUUAAACACGGCAAAUGAUAGGUUUAAUCUUUUUGUAUCGAGUUUUGUACGCUUUAGCAUCAACGGUUUAAAAGAGAACGCCGAAAAUUUAAAUUACUACCCAAUUCUGAGAAGAAAAGUAGAGCUUUAUUUGUUUCUGGCAACUCACCGUGAAUGAGAAAGUUUUCUUUGUCGCUUCUUGCAAAUGCUGUCAACAGCGGCUACGAUCAAGGUGAGAGUCGUUUAUCUCCAACGUUCUUUGCCUUGUUGACUUGCUGGCACGUACAAUUUUCGAAAAUAUUUGCCUUCCUCUUUUCUCCAUAAAUUAACUUCUAUUUAUAGGCAAAAUUGGUCUUGAGAGAAAAUCCCGAAAUCACAAAACAGUGACAAAUCGACCUCGUUUUCCUCUGUAGUGGUAAACAUAGCUUCGAGCGUACAAAAAGUCAGCUACAGUAAACCACUUCACAAUAAAUCACGCUGUUUAAACACCAUGAAGUCUUUUCUUGCCUUCAAAGUCAUCAGCACUUGGAUAUUCGUGUAUUUUCAAAAAGGCUUUACUAUGAAACUUUGUCAAAACGCUCUGUCCACGACAGCGAUUUUGUUCUGCUUUAUAUUCACCGCCUAGCGCGGUGAAUAUAACGUCAUAGUCCGAGAUAGCUAACCAAUCAGAUUGCUUGAAUUCCCAAGAUCACUGAGUGUGUAUAUACUAAUAAUAUCUUAUAUCUUUCAGAAAAGAGAUCAGCUACGUUCGUUGGAGGGGAGUGAUACUUUCCAGCUUUGAUGCUCUCUAUUUUACCAACACUCCUAUUGCUGCAUGUAUCUCCAUCACAACUCUACUUUUCACCGACAACUAUUUAACAGCAUUUCAGAUUUUUACCUUACUUUCAACUCUAAACGUCAUAAAGUUUUCUGUUUCAGUAUCUAUGGGCGAAACGCUUCCUCUCUUAGCUGAUGCCAAAGUUUCAUUAGACAGGAUAAAAAACUUUUUGGAACUUUUUGUGAACUCUCAAAUUGACUACUCUUCGGAUAACGUGGAUGAGGGAAAUAGCAGUCCCACAUUCUCAAAAAUAUUCACGGUACAUGAAGACAGCGCAUUGGAUGAAACGUACGCGAAAAAGAAUGACGUACUGAUAAGCCCGUGCAUUUCUUUAAAAAAUAUGUACUGUAGCUGGAACGAGGCAGAUGGGUUGAAUAAAACACUACAAAAUAUCUCCUUGGACAUAUACGGGAAGCAACUCGUUGUUAUUACAGGUCCAGUUGGUUGUGGUAAAUCAUCGGUUCUGCUUGCAAUACUGGGAGAACUUCCAUGCAAAAGUGGAGUGAUCAGACAUUCUGGAGUCAUCACUUACGUUCCUCAACUACCGUGGAUCUUCUCAGGAACAAUUCAGGAGAAUAUUACCUUUGGGAAAUCAUUUGAUAGUGUUAACUACGAAAGGAUAAUAAAAGCCUGCUGCCUCCAGAAGGACAUUUGUGAAUUCUCUAAAGGCGAUUUGACACACAUUGGCCAGAGGGGUGUAAGCCUAAGUGGUGGACAGCGAGCUCGUAUAUGUUUAGCUCGUGCGCUGUACACAGACGCCGACAUUUUUCUGCUAGAUGAUCCGCUCAGUGCUGUUGAUGCAAAAGUGGCAGCUCAUCUCUACAAAAACUGCAUCCGCGGCCUGCUGUUUGAGAAAUGUUGUCUUUUAGUGACGCAUCAACACCAGUUUUUGAAGAAUGCUGAUAACAUUCUAGUCAUGGAGCAAGGUGCCAUUGUUCACCAAGGCAAGUAUGAAGAGCUUCAAGCCAGAGAAAUCUUAUCAAACCUGUCGGUCUUUAAUAAGGAAAAUAAAAGAAAACAUUCAUUGGACCGCCAGACGUCGCACCGCUUGUCAAGGAGACGUACAAAUACGUCAUUGGCGUCUCCAGAAAAUGUCCCAGUUGACCUUGAAGAAGGGAAGGAGGAGAGAAUGAUUGGAUCAGUGAACUGGUGUCUUUAUUGGCGUUACUUUCGCUCUGCGUAUCCUGCUACCAUGCUGUUUUGCCUUGCUGGUCUUGUUUUGACUGUACAAGGUAAGCCUGGUGUAUGAGAUAAAUCUAUACCACGUCUUGCUAGUACAUCGAGUUGCAGACUGAACGGCAUUCGCACCGAAUGCACAACACUAUCACCUAAAUUAACGGCCCCUUAUUUUUUAUCGUUAUUAUUAUUUUAUCUUAUUUUGUCCUUAGUUAAACAAUCAACAUAGUACUCAGAAACCGUAGGGUGAGAAGAAAGUCAUAAAUCCAUUCAAAUCAGAACAAAAUGGGUAUGAAAUACGUAAUGGUGGUGCCCUACUGAAUAGCCCAACCUCGUUGCAAGCCAGGGCCGAUUCUCUCCUCUUUUUUAAAGAAAAAAGCACUAAGGACGAAGCUGUGAAGAAAGAGAAGGUAGGUAGAAAUCCUACGUCUGCCAUAUAGACAGUCAACUCCAGUUACGAUGAUGCUGUUGGACUACAAUAUGGUCCUUAAUUGUUGGGUCCUUAUCAGCGGGGUACAAGUAGAAUUUACCCAGAAAAUAUUUUCCAGGUAAAUUUUUUUCAAUUCCCACCAGAAAGAAAAAUUAAAUGACAUAAAGGCUGAAUUAAUGUAAAAGUACAUCAUCUGUUUCUGGUAAAUUUUCAGUGCCUGGUGUUGACUGGAAGAAGGCUGGUAAUGUGGUUAUUUUUGCAGUGAUAAUAUUAAUAGCAGUUGCUUAUUUUUUGAUAACCAUUUAACUUUUUUCUCAGUGGCCCUUAUCUCACCGUAUUGGUGGCUAUCGCAAGUUGCCAACAUGACAUUAAAUCAACAAAGAGCCCCAGAAACUCUUGGAAUCUUUGGAUCCCUGGUAAUUGGCGCUCUUCUCCUUUCCACGCUUGUUUCUUUCUUGUUUUACCACACGUUGCUCCGAGCAUCGGAGAAACUUCACAACAAGAUGGUCACAGCUGUCAUGAAAGCCCCAGUCAUAUUUUUCGACACAAAUCCUGUCGGCCGCAUUCUUAACCGAUUCUCCAAAGACAUCGGUUGCAUGGAUGACACCCUGCCACCACAGUUCCUGCUUGCAGUCCAAUUGUGCCUCUUCACGUUUGGAGCUACUGUACUUUCUGCAGUUACCAAUUACUGGCUUGUGAUUGGCAUCACCCCUUUGAUGUUACUGUUCUUUUACUAUGGAAGGUAUUACUUGAGGACCUCUAGGGAGCUAAAGAGAUUAGAGGCCAUCAAAUGUAGUCCUGUUUAUUCACACGUGGCAGAAACGGUUCAUGGCCUGGAGGUAAUAAAAACGUCUGGAAUGGAAGAGCGCUUUCUGCAGCUUCUCUUUAGGUUGGUUGUUGAUUUUCUUUUCUGUUGUAGUCUAUAUGUUUAUAAGUUUUCUUUUCUUUAACCCUUUUAGCCAUAAUAAAGGCCAAAGCAAAUUUUCUCAUAAAAAUUCUUUCCUUUGUUUUUUCCUUUUUUUCGAAAAUUCUUAGACAGAAAAUAGUACUUUAGAGAAGCUCUAUCAAAGAGGUUUCAUUCGAAUGGAAGCACUUUACAGGCUGUAGGUCUAAAUUUCAUCUACUGGUUUAAAACUAGAAUGACAAAUUGAAAAUACAUUUUGACCAUUUUUUAAACGAUGUACCUGUAGUAGAACAACUUGAACAGAAAAAUUAUUGUAUUUGUUAUUUUAGCCAUCAAGGAACAGCACAAACUCUCUCACCAAUAUACUUUCUAAAUGAGCCGUUUAAUAUCCAUAUUUUGGACUUUGGUCCUUGCUUAUUAGGUACCAGGAUGAAAAUUCUCCAGCGAUAAUUAUGGUGUUGGGAUGCUCCAAGUGGCUAGGGGUUCGUUUGGAAGUGCUUUGUAGUUUGCUUGUGACACUCGUAGCAGCAGGUGCAGUUAUCAUCACCCAAGUACCCGGUAAAUAUUGUACUACCUUAUGUCUAAGUAUUCUCAUACUUGUUAAAAAGUAAUUUUCAAAUUGUUUUUCAGCCUUUUACUACGUUUUUCACAGGCUUGAGGAAUGUCGUGAACUGUUUGUUCUUUCUAACACCGACAACGUUUUUUAAGACGGCAGUGUUGGGCCCGGCACUAAUCAGUCAGUUGUCAACGUUAAACCUACAGCCCUAAAUGACCGAUAUGCACAUACAAAUUAUCCACCUUGAACUGAUGUCUUUUAAGUUUCUUAAUUAAUUAGUUGAAUGAGUUUGAUAAAAUAUCCAAGAAUUUUUAUCUUUUUGUUAAUUCUCUUAUCAACCUUUUCCCUUAAUGCAUUGAUUUUGAAAGAAUUAUUAAUAGAAUGUUGAUGUUGAUCAUUAUCGGAGUUUGGGCGUCUGUCUUAUAAAGAAUCAAAUACGGUGGAAAACGGGAAGGAUCAGCUCUACGUUGUCUUUUUUUAAAAAAGGUGGGGCUUCUUUCUGAAGAGGUCUCCUUAAGCGAUAGUUGAUUUUACCUGUCUCAUAGUAGCUCGCUUCGUUAACAGAUAGUUGGGAAAAAAUAGCUGUCUACAACUAAAACAAAAUAACAAUCACAAGUACUGAAUAAAGUUACCAAUUACAUUGUUGCAGCCAUUGCAGGACUGUCGUUGGUUUAUACGCUAGAGACCUUAGAUGCAGCUCAGUUUGGACUCCAGCAGGUGUCAGAGACAGAGACCCUCAUGACGUCGGUUGAGAGGGUGAUGACGUACGCGCAGCUGACACAAGAGCCUGGUUUUACUACUAGAGCCCAACCUCCUGUAUCAUGGCCCACCAAAGGGGAUCUGUCUAUUAAAGAUCUGUCUUUAACAUAUGUGGAAGGUGGUCUCCGUAUCCUUAAGGAAGUCACUCUUACAAUCGGAGACGGAGAAAAAAUUGGCGUGUCUGGUCGAACUGGAUCUGGAAAAUCGUCCCUCCUGGCGGCAUUGUUUAGAAUGCCUGAACCAGAUGGAAACGUAAGACUCCAAUCUGUCCAUCCAAAUGUUGUACCUAUUUUGUUUCGAAGGUUUAGUUGAUCCAUGCAGCAGCACUCAUCCUAAAAUCCUGUCAGUUUACUUUCUUUUAAUGACAUGACAAUUAUUCAACAAAUUUAUCAUCAUUUUCUUUGAUAACUAGAAUUAUUUUCUUAUGAUAAUUUACAUGGAGGAUAAAAACGCUUGACAAUAAAUUUUCCAUAAUUUUUACCAAACCAUACGAUCUGUAGAGCUGACCUCGUGAUCAGUCCCGUGUAAUAUAUUCAUUUAUUUCUAAGACGUUGAUGAUGAUGAGGGAAUGGCCCCGAUGAUAAAGGCUCAGUUUUUGAUAUAUAAAAGUUCCACGGUCAUAUUCAGCCUGCGUUUCAAAAAGACUGACAAAAAUUCCUUCUUUGUCUUUUAAGGUAAUAGUGGAUGGCAUCAAUUUACAAACCUUGAAUGUGCAAGCCGCCAGGCGAAUAUUUUCCGUGAUAACUCAAGACCCUAUAUUAUUUUCCGGUAGCCUGAGGAGGAACCUGGAUCCUUUUGAUAACUACACGGAUUAUGAGUUAUGGAACGCGCUUGAUGAAGUCCAGCUAAAACAGUGGGUGCGAGACCAACUACCAGGGCAACUGCAAUACAAGCUCCUAGAGUCGGGUAGCAACCUUAGUGUAGGUCAAAGGCAGUUAAUUUGUCUGGUACGAGUUCUUCUUGAGAAGAAGAAGAUUGUCAUUUUAGAUGAAGCAACUGCUAAUGUUGACUUUAAGAUGGAUCGUUUAAUUCAUGAAAUGAUACUUAGUAAAUUCAAGGAUACAACAGUAAUAAUUAUCGCUCAUAGACUAGAAAAUAUUGUUGACUGUGAUAGGAUCAUGGUGUUGGAUCAGGGUCGUGUUGUGGAGUUUGACAAACCUUCUGCUCUUCUAAAUAAGAGAGGGAGUUACUUUUCAGAGUUAGUUAGAAACUAUAAUAAUACCAUUAACUGA